AUGACCUCAAGGGCUAAUCCUCCUCGGGCUGCAAAGUCUGAGGGAAAACGGAAGAAAAAUAGCCCAAAUGGAGGUGCACAGGCACCACAUCCAAAGAAGAAGACAAAAACGGAAAUCCCGCAAAUCUUGGAUGAGGAACUUCUUACAGCCGAUCUCAACGUUGAUUAUUCGAAAAAAAGAAAGAAGCUUAGGCCACAAAUGCCUAAAAAGCAGCAGUGGCCAAAAGUCAAAGGUGUUAUCACAGAGCGGGAAGAUGCACCUAAAGGCUGGAACCCAGAGGAGCCUGAUCUGAUGUCCGAUGACUUCGAAUCUCAGAUCGAUAGGUGUCUUGAACGAAUCUCAGAGAACAUCAUGCCUCAUGUCUAUCAACAUAAAAUGAAAGAAUUUAUGGCAAAGCAGACGCAACGCGAUGCACUGAUGGCGACAGAGCCAGGUUUAAGUUGGCCCGUUGUACAGCGCCUAGACGACCUCAAAUUUACCUUGGCUUCGCUCGUGGCGCAAAACGACGCACACAAUAUGGUCGAUACAGUAAAUGCUAUUAUGGCGCAAUAUCGAUCAGGUGAAUUGGAUUGGACGCCGGACUUUGUCACCUACUGGCAUGCUGGUGUUCAGCUCUGCCUGCCGAGACCAUUCCACUGGGAUGAAUAUCGCUACAUCCAUGACAAAUGUCAGGGACAUGAAGGGUUUUGGGUCGAAGGUAUUCUUGGGCCUGCGCCUGGUAUGAGCAAGACUUCAAUGGUACGACUUAGCCUUCGGAUUCCCUGGGGUCCAGCAGCUGCGGGGGAAAAAGGAAACGAUGGAGAUGAUGGGAAAAAUGGGAAAAAUGGAAAAGAUAAGAAAGAUGAUAAACCACCACCCAGGCCACCGAGCUUUGAAUUCCCGUUUAUGGAUGACACAGGCUCUACACAUCUAAGCUUAUAUGAAGACGACAUCAACAUUAUUCGGGAUCUGGGUGCAACUGAUGGACACACAUACCCCUUGCCCCGAUGCUUGGGUGUUGGGGUUGUUUAUGUCGCAGAUGGGAGGCGGGUCACAUCGCUAUUUAGAGAAUUGGAAGUCAACAUGUGGAGCACAGAUGAAUCGGCUUGGAUGUCACCCCACUGGCAGGCGAUCCCAGCUUCUAUCCGGCCUGGUCAAGCAACGAGAGCUGGAGCUGACCGUUUGAGUGGGUCAUGGCUGCGACACAGAUUUUACACUGGAACUUGUCCUGAUCAGUCGAUGCGUCUUUGGGUCUUUAACUAUAAUCCUGGGAUACCACGGGGGCAGAGGACUCUUCCUACCGCGACAUCGGCACAAUUGAACGCGCCCUUCCGAACUGGAAGGAUUCAUCCCGUUACAGACUUUCCUCAUCUUGACCCAAAUGUCGCAUCAGGGCAGAGUUUGCUCUAA